AUGUGUGGAUUUGACAAACGUUUCUCGUCUCGGAGACUUUUGGCCUCCUCGGCAGGGGCCGUUGGUCUUGAGCAAGCUGCAGAGCUAGGGCAGCCUGCAGUCAGUGGGGCCGCAGGGUCAGAAGAGGACCGCAUUUUGCGGACGAAGAUGCGAAAGAGCAACGGCGGCGGCGCUGGCAGGUGCGCCACUCCGGCGGCACUGCGGAGCAGGGGCUGCAAGCAGCAGGGCGGCAGUGCUUUGGCAUCUGCUCAGUGUGUCGGGCAGCGCCGAGUCGGCCGCGUCUCCAGCAGCAGCACCACCGCCAAACCAGCAGAACCGGAGCAACCUGCACCCUCCAGCAACGCACCUUACGGAGACGGAGUAGCCGAACAGCUGUUAUCCAUGUGCACCUCACGCUACUCGUACCAGCCGCCGUCCAACAUGAUGCGGGCACGCAGAAAGGACGCCAGCGUGCGGCCCAACCGAUGGCUCGACAAAAAGUCCAGUCGAGGCAUGUUAUUUGAAAAUGAGGAGCUGCGAUUGCGUACCAUCGAAAUUAACGCAGAGGUGGAGAGAGGACAGGGCGACAUAAAAAAGCUCAAGCGUCAAAACGAGCAGCUCAAAAGAGAAAUAUGGAAUUUACGCGACGAAUACGACAAAUUGGAAACUCGGAUGCGGCGCAUGAAAAGUAAAGACGACUCGUCCGAAGGCGAAGAGGACGAAGAAUACUACGAGGACGACAACCAGGAACGAGAAAAGAGGGCGGAGGACGAUGACAACCGGCAGAACGCCAAGAUCCAGAGCUGCUCGGACUACGAGGACGACGAGAAGAAGCCGCUGGAGGACCAACCUGAGACGGGCAAGGAUUCGGACGCGCCCAACAAAGACUCGUCGGACAACGAACUGGCCAAAGAGGAGAAAAACGAGGCCGACGUCAUCAUCGUGCCGGCCACCAAUGACUGCAACGACGCAAACAACUGGCAGAACACGCAAGGCUACGGCACGGACGGCUACACCAGCACCGAGGAGUCGUGCGAGGGGUGUCAGAGAAGAUACGGCGGCAGUCAGCGGUGCACCCCGCGCAGGAGGGUGGUCAGCGGCGGCCUGCACAGACAAAACAGCUUCAGCAGCAGCAAUGCCGGCGACGCCUCGCCCAACAGACUGUCCCUGCCGGUGGGCCUGCUAGAGCAUGGCACCGUGGAAGGGACCAAGUGCCACGCCCACCACUCGUGCUGUCCUGCCGAGGACCAGCAGCACCAGUGCGGCCCCCAGUUCGGGGGCCCCUGGUGGGUGUUGACCCCGGUGACGAUGCCCGCCGUCGACUGUGCCUGCGGAAUGCCUGCCGGUCACGAGUUCAUGGCGCACCAGCCGCCCCUCGCCCCGCGGCCAGCGCCGCCCCCGGUGCCCUGGUCGGGCUCCACGGCCACCAUCACCGAGGCCGCCUCCACUCCGGCCGUGCAGAACCAGCAAUGGGCCAUCGCGCCCUACCGAGGCGACAUUGCCCAGCAGACUGCCCACUCAAAAUCAACCCCCGCGCUGCCCAUCAACGGCACCCCCAAGACGCCCAGAAGAAGGGCGCCGCCUCCGCCGCCGCCGAAGCCGACGUGCGAGCAGGUGUCGACGGUGUGCAGGGCGUCGAGCCUGCUGUCGGCCGACGGGACGACGCGCCGCUCGGUCACCUUCCACUCGGACUCGGUGACCUACACGCCGCCCACGCCGGUCAAUCCGGGCCCCCUGCAGCCCGCCACUUACAUUCCCUACCAGCAGGCGACCUACGCGCCAGAAAACUGCCCGCACGACAACGACCCGCGAACCUGUAUUUGUAGUUUGCAUGCCCAGGCCACGUUUGAGGAAAGUACGGACACUGUUUUGAUGGUGCGAGGCCUCCAAAGAGUGCCGGGUCUGCUGUCCAGAGAACUGAUCGACGCGCUGGAGAACAGAUUGGGGCCCACGUUGAUGCGGCAGUCCAUCAGAGGCAUUUGUCUGCACCAAGCGAGACCAUCAGCUACUGUAGUGGCGGCGAGCGUCACCGUGAUGAGGAAAGAUGUUGCCCUGCGACUGCUGCUCACGGGCCUGGAGAUUCGGGGCGAGAUGCUGCAGUUGGAGGAGGAAAACGCUCUGUGCCCGACCAAGUGGAGGUCUCCGGACGACACCCCAGAGAACAGCCACGUGCUGCUAGUAUCUGGGGUGACGCACCAGGUGAGUGACGGCGCCGUGCGCACUGCCGUGAUGCGAGCGUGCGGCCUCAGGGCCACUCAGGUGCGCAGACACGUGUACAAGGGCGUGGACACCGGCGAGAGAUUGGUGCGCGUGGCGCCUCCUUGCAUGUCCUACGCGCGCCUCCAGGCCGCCGCCGGAAGCUCAGGAACCAUCAUUACCGAGGCCGUGGCCGAUUGCAGUGUUAAUAGCGGCAGUGAUUCCGAGUCUAAGUACCGGACACACCUGAGCGUCCAACUGAGGCGACCCGCAACCGGCAGUCCCACCGUAGACUGCGUGACUGAACAGAGGACCAUCCGCUCAGCUUCACCCAUGAGGCCUGUUUCCCUCACGGAUUCUGCAAACCAAGUGCUGCUAGACGAAGGAACUGAGGUGGUCAGAAUUGAGACUGUAGGAAGCAAAAACCAGGCGACGCCUCCUACAAGACGUCUGUCAAGGAGUGGCUCUCAGGGAGUUAGAGUCCUACCACCUACGUGCAACGGCAACCUUGCACCACCCCCGUACACACCGCCCCCAAAUCACGUCAGGCCUCCGAGCAACCCCCCGCCGCCGCCUCCACCAUUGAUUCCUACGAGAAAAGCGCCCGCGCCUCAGCCAAAACCAACAAUAGCAAUCGAAGCGGCCGUGGUUGCGAGUACAAACAGUAGUGCGGCCAGAGAGGCCAUCAGGGAGGAAAACGCGGUCAAAGGUCAACUGAGGAAGAGCCAAGAGGAUUCCGGCUCGAGCGCCGCUACCAGCCCCACCAGCAACAAGACUGCCAACAAGAAGCCCAACCAGAAUGGCGGCAUCUUACGGAGAGGGACUUCCAAAGAAGGCGAACCCCAGCCUAACAAUAAAGCGAAGGCGAUGAAGAGCCGCAGCGUGUCGGUGGAAUCGGGGGCGCGCACCUCGGCGCCGCAGCGACGCAAGAACGGCGUGUUUGAGCGUCCGAACAGUGAGGACCUGCUGCUGGACGGCCGCAGCAGCAUCAGCAGCCGCGAGGGCAGCGGCAGCAACCGCAUGGUGAUUCCGCCGUCCAGCGGCAGCCUGCCGUGGUGCGCGUGCUGGGGCAACGGGUGUCUCUAGGGUUGGGCGUUCGCGCCAGAUCCAGGCGAAGGACUUGGCGUCGACGAAGAAAAUAUCAUCGACAAAAUAGAAAUUAAUUUUGUAAACGACGAGGAUUACGACUUGGAGCAGCUCGGCCCCGACGAGCUCGACAAAUUGAAAACUAAGUUUUACUUUGAGAUCCAAAUCUAAAUGAGAGCACCGAAAGGAAAAUGCAGAUUAUUUGUAUGAGAGAUAAAAACUUGAGAUAUGCACGCAAAAAUACAUCACAAAACGCACAAGACUUUGCACUUAUAUUAGGGGAAAAAGCUUGAAAAUUUGCAGAGAGGGAUUCAUUAAAUCCAAAAAUGUAUUUAAAUUAUAAUUAGAAAGGAGCAUAAUAAGUAAGUCAAGGGUAUCAUAAUGAACUAGUAAUUUUUUCAUGUUACCGGUACCUAAAUAAGUUAUGCUGGCCAAUUUGAGUUUUUAUUGUAUUUGCAACAAAAUUUUGUUUAUCUUGCUUAAAAAAAUUUUGAUUGGAAAAAUUCCUACUUUCUUCCGGAAAAUUAAUUUCUAGUCAAUAAAUAUUUUUUUUUAAUCAAUGAAAUUGAUCCCUCUCUGCUAUAUAGAUCAUAUUUAAUUCACUAUAUAAGUUGUCUUAUUCUUGCACCUCUCUCUUCGAGCUCCUUCUCACUUUUCUAAAAAGCACCAAGUCAAUUUCUCGAUUGCGUCCAGGAGGAAUUUCACUGCUGCCCGCUUCCCUUGUUUUGAUUUCGUAGAUAAUAUAAUUUAUUAUAAUUAUUAUAUCGCUACUUUUGCUAAUCUGUCAUUUAUUUGUGUUCCUGUGACUACACUUUUUCCAUUCCCACGCGGACUUUAUAUAUAUUUACAGCGGCAACAAUGUGAAGCUUAUCUGCUUUUUGUACACAUGAAUGCGCCUUAAUUAAGGAAUUCUGUUUCAAUUUACUAUUCAUGUAGGCACUGGGUGGCGAGAAAAGUGCAAUUUUCUGCCUCCGAGUGCUGAGACGAUCAGUGAGCGGCUACAUAGUGUCUUAAUUAAUUGUUUCUCCUCACACUACGCAACAAUAAUAAAGUGCACCUUACAGCGAGUGAAAAAUUUGGAAACUUAUCGUUGUUGGAUUAUUAUAUAAAUAAACUGUACGAAUCGAAAGAUGAGAAAAAUAAUGCUUCCGGAAAAUAGAGGCUCAAUUUAACUUGCAAUAAAAUAG